AUGAUGGCAGUGCUGACCGGAGGACUGACUCCAGACGAGAACACUAGCCUGAACGACUGCUUCUUCGAGAAGAAAGACUGGAGAGCUUGCAAAGAUGAGAUGGAGGCUUUCAAGCAGUGUUGGAAGAGAAAAGGAAACGAGCAGAGGACGGACUCGAAGGAUGCAAAGUGA